AUGUCCUUUGCUGUUUCAUUCCAUUGUUGGUCAGAAGAGGAGUCAGUCUUUAAUUCGUCAGAUGCAAAUAUCGCGCUUAAUUCCUAUCACCCGAAGAAGCCAACUAUGAAGCAUAGUGUGUUCCACGAAAUGCGCGAGCACUGGACUCGAAGUAGAAAAGAAGUAAUUUGGUCUUUAUCAAAAGAAAAUCGAGAUCGGCUUCAGAAACUCAAUGCCCUUCUCACUCAAAAUCGCGUCUUGUCUAUUUUACCGCGACCUCUUGACUCUUCCGUUUUGAUGAUGUUUUCCAAUGGCUCUUUGGUCAGUUUCUCUCUCCGCAACAACGACAUAGACAAUAUAACAAAGAAGGACAAAUUUAUCCAGCAUUCCUCCGAUCCAGUUGAUGUCGCACAAGUGAGCGAAAAGUACGUUGUCUCCCUGUUAUCUGGCUCGCGGAUUUCUGUCAUUCCACCCGAUUUGCACCGGCAGAUUUCUCCUCCAGAGCCGCUGUACAUUGUUGACAUGCCCGACAACGCUUGUAUCCGGACGAAAGGAUCGUUUUCAGCGGUGUACUGGUCAGAGCGAAUUGAAGAUGGAGCUCGAGGCCAUCUCAUGAUCAUCUCUCAUUCCGGAAAUUCUGAAAUCGUCGCGCGCGUUCCCUUCAACUCCCUAAUUCAAGACGUCAUCUUUUCUGAGCUGAAUGCAGAUUCCUUCUGGCUGCUUGAGAUUCCCGACCCAGUGAAUCCAACAAAUAUUCGCAUGACCCUCUAUUCGAUCAAGCUUAACCAAGGGUUGAAGAUCGUUGACGAGCUCGAAAUCCAAAUGAAAUCUUCCGUUGUUGUGUGCGAAUUGAGCCCGAACGAAGAAAAGUUUUGCUUUGGCUGUUCUGAUAAUAUGCUGAUUGUGUUUGAUACGAAGACACACUCGGCAGAGCAUGUUUAUCUCCCAGUUCGGCCGAGUAUUUUGUCAUGGCAUCCGGGCAGCCAUUUUCUUGCUGUUUCCUCGCGCAAUGGAGAGGUUAUGUUCUUCGACGUUGGCCUUACUUGUAUCGAGUUGAACGACAAAAUCUCGGAUCCCUGUCCUGGAGUCGCUUACGCCUCCCUCACUACCAUCUGUGACGCGUUGAUCGUCAAGCCGUUGAACUACACGACCGAGACACAACUCGAAGCUGCCUUGGCGUCGUUCUAUGCUCCAACGAGAGCCAUCAACGACCUCGUUGUGAUUGAGUACAGAGAUCACGUCGUUCGUUACGCACGCAGAUUUCUUCAUCAUUUGCUGCGCCACAGAAGACUACAAAAAGCGUUCUUGCUUGCCACGGACAUUGGAGCGCAAGAUCUAUUUCUCGACAUCCAUCACAUGGCCCUUCACUACAAGGACUUUGAAUUGGCAUCCGAGGCGUCGAAAAAAGUUGAUGAAAUGAUGGAAUCCCCUGGUGAAGACGACGGUCGAGAUGAGAGACAUGACGAUCACCAAGAUGUUGACAGCGAAGAUGACCCUCCUGCAAUCCAGCGAUUUAUGAAGCACAUAAGCGCUCGGAAUUCGAAGGAGCGCAAAAAAGGGGAUGGAAAGGGAAAGCCGCCUCCUGCCCAGCCUACUCCCGAAAAUGCUUCGACGCUCAAAAUCAAACAUUUUGGCUUUGUUUGA